UAUCUAAACCAUUACCGAAAUUUUCGACUAUCACUACUUUCCCCAGUGUUAGUAAACUAUUUGCGAUGCCUAGUAUUAUAUUAACAAAAAAUCAAAAGUUUAUGUUUUGGUCAUUCACUGCUGGCGUAGCAAUUUUUGCAUUACUUGCACGAUAUUUACGUCGGCGGCGUGGUCCGGCUUAUCAAGGUUUAUAUCGAAAACUUGGCGGAAAAAGAGUUCGGGGUUCCGGAAUUCGCAGUCCAAAUGGAGUUUUACUAUCGGAUCUUAUGUCACACACAUCGGCUCGUAGAAGUGAUAGUCCGGGUCGUAGGACAGCAAUGUAUCGAAAUAGUGCAGCCAUGCAACUUAGUGAUCGUAUAUCGCUAGCAUCCGAAUAUUCAAAUACACCAAUACCACAAGGAUUCACUGACAGCAGUCAGCAAAAUACUUUGGAGAAUAUGUCACCACAACAGUUAGGCGUAAUGGGAAUGGAAGCGUUGGAAACGGCCAUCAAUUUUUGGGAAGAUGCAUUACAUAAAUACACUACACAAAUAACAAAUCAAGAAUCAGAACAUGCAAUGGCAUUGUUAGAUGCUGAAGACGCAAAAUUUUGUCAAUCGUUACAACAGAUUUUAGAUAUUGGCUAUGCAUUACAAGAAAACUGCGAAUUGUUGUUCUUAGAUCAACGCUCAGUUUUAUUCAGACCAGAAAGUAAUGUAACUAAUCGUGAAUCGGAUAUUCAAAAAGUGAGUAGCGUUCACACAGAACGUGAAGCAUCGAAUCGUUCUAGCGUGGAAUCAUUUGCAUCCGCUCAAGACCAGGUUGCAGACUUACGUGAAUUUGAGGAAUUCAAUGAAGUAUUUCCAGACAUUGAUAAAUUACCACUGUAUCAAAGUGCACUGAAACAACUAGAAGAGACUGGUAUACCUUAUCGAAAAAUACGAACUGAAAAUGUAAGAUGUGGAUCCGAUGUGGAAUUUUUAUGUAAAAUGCAUUGUAUUCGAUUAGCAUUUCAAUAUAUAUUUUUGGAUGCAUCAGUUAAAUAUUGGUUUAUCAAUAAUGGGAGGCAAAUUUUAACAGAUCUGCUGCUUUUUGCUGAACGGGAUCCAAAGGAUUUUUUAAUAGCAUAUGAAAAUAUGUUUGAAUUUUUAUCCGACGCAUCAAUAUGGUCAUCUGUUGAAGAAGAAUUGGCGUCACGUAAUGUGAAAGCGAUUACAUUUUUUGAUGUUGUCUUAGACUUAAUACUUUUGGAUGCAUUUGAUGAUCUUGAUCAUCCACCAUCAUCCGUGAUGGCAGUAAUACAUAAUCGGUGGUUAUCAAAUGGUUUUAAAGAGACUGCAUUAACAACAGCUGUAUGGUCUGUAUUGAAGGCAAAACGACGUCGGUUAAAAGAUCCAAAAGGAUUUUUGGCACACUUUUAUGCAAUUUCUGAGCAUAUAUCACCAUUAUUAGCAUGGGGAUUCUUGGGACCGGAUGAAGAUUUACGUGCAAUGUGUAUGUCUUUUAAAGAAGAGAUAAAUGGAUUUAUUAUUGAUAUGUUCAGCUUUGAAAAAUGUAAUUUCAGUAGUGUAGAAACUUUAUCAAGUGAUAUAUUAGCUUUAUUUAAGUUUAAAGUUGAAGCGAUUAGUGCUCGUUUAGCACCACCACAAUUAAAUAUGUAA